GUGUAUAUAUUUUCAUAGUACUUCAGUAAUGUAAUAAUAUUUUUAAAAUUUAAUUAUUAUAAAACAAUGAAAUCAACUAGCAGCGAUAAUUUGCAACAAAUUAAAAUCGUUGCACCAAUUACUAACAAACAUAAACAAUUGCUAACAUGGAGCUUAUAUUUAGCUACAAUUACAUAUGGACUAAUAAUCAAUGUAAUCGGUCCCGUAUUACACGAUUUGACCAAAAAAUAUGAUACAACUACUGAAGAAAUAUCAUAUAUAUUUAUGUGCUUUUAUUUUGGCUAUUUUAUUGGAGCCAUAUUAAAUAGUAUAACCUUUAAUUAUGUGAAUCGACAUUUAUCACUGGUUGUCAUAUUAUUAAUAAUGGCUGGUGUAGUACCGGCCAUACCCUACAGUCCCAAUCUUAGUGUGAUGUUUACUCUGGCAUUUAUAGCUGGCUAUUGUACUGGAGGCUUAGAUACGGCACUAGUAGUUUGGAUAGUCGAGAUAUGGGCCGAAAAGUCUAGUAUCUAUAUGGGUGGCUAUCAGGUAUUUUUCUCGAUGGGGAUUGUAUUAGGCCCGGUGCUAGCGGCACCGUUUGUAUCCGACUAUCACCCAAAUGAUCUAUUACCUAAACAAUUAAAGGACAGUCGACUAAUAAAAUUGAAUAAAAGUUCUUUGGUUGCGAAUAAUUAUGUUGAUAAUACUGUCGGUACAGAUAACAAUAAUAAAAACAUUGAUAACAAAUUACAUUACGGUAACAUUGAAAUACCGUUUAUUAUUUUGGGCGCACUUUUAUUACUGUCAGCACUGUUGCUAUUAGCCAUACAUUUCUAUAGACGGUAUACACCGCCUAAAAAGCUGACAUCACUUAAUGUUGAACAAAAGUCGACUGACCACAAUACUAGCAAAUGGCCAGAUAAAUCAAAAUUGAUUUAUAUCUGUUUAUUGGUGUUUACCCUUGGACCAUAUGUUGGUUUCGAAUUUAUGACAUUCCAACUGUUGCCCACCUAUUUGGAGUAUUCACACCUACAUAUGCCACCCAACGAGGGUGACCACAUGUUAACCAUAAUGACGGUCUCAUUUCUCGCUUAUUGUUUAAUAAGUUUUUUCUUAUCAAUGAAAUACUGGUCAAAAAAUUCUAUUUACAUCAAUUGGGCGGCAAUACUGAUCGGCAAUAUUAUACUAUUGGUCUUUAAUCACUCAUCACUGGGAAUGGGAGCCCUAAUAACCGGUUCAAUAUUUAUUGGUAUAGGACUGUCCACUUUGUAUCCGUCAGUGUUUGCAUUUGUCGAAUCACAAAUCGAAAUCAGUAACGUUGCCGGCGGUCUAGUUGUAUGUGCAUGUGGAUUUUUUUCGGCAAUUUUCCCGGUAAUAUGCGGCAAAUUUGUCAAUGAAAAUCCUGAAGUUAUACCAAUUAUGAAUUUGAUACUGGGUACAUUUGGUCUAACAGUUUUUAUUAUUUUGGAUAUACUAUUGUACCGUCAAAGUAAAACUAACAUAAAUAACGCUAUAAACAGCAAUAGGCCGUCAUUGAUGGGGGCGACAUCACUAAAACGAUUGUCAUUUAUGGGUAAUCCUAUAAACUCAUAA